AUCUAGAUGAUGGUAGUUUAAAAAGAUUUUAGAGUUAUGUUAAAAAUAAACGAAUAAGUAUUACUACUUCGUAGUAAAGUAACAUAAAAGUGUUUUUUAUUUAUUUUAGAAUAUCAAAGAAUGGCGUAUAAAAAUAUGAUGAAUCUUGUGUAUUUAUAUCUUAUGACAAUAGGAAUAAAGGUCAUAAGGUGUGAAAGACUUCGAGAACAAAUGUACUCAUCAAUUGAAGGUGGAGCAGCGUGCUUUCGCAGACUGAAUGGAACUCAUCAAGCAGGUUGCUCAUCUUCACUCAAUGGCGAAGUUGGUGUUGUACAAAUGAUAUACAACAUCUCUGAUGCACAGUGGCUAGUGCAUAACAGCAGUGCAGGCCCAUAUAUGGCUGUUGUUAGCACUACACUGUACUAUGACAUUAUUGAGAUCUUGCUACGGUAUCCAGAUAACAUAGCAGGCAUCCUGCUGUAUGAUAAUGCAACCAUGAGCCCGAAUUUCUUCACCCAAGAAUCCCAGUGUCCAAAUGAAUACUCUUCGGAUCCACGUCUUGGUCAGUGUGUCAAACCUGGAGGUAUUGUGUGGAACGAGAAAGGGACAGGUCUCUUGAGGAGAGAUAUUCCAUACCCUAUAUUUUUUUUACCAAAGGCUCGUAUUGGUGAUAUUACAAAAAUAGAAGAGUGUUAUAAUAGGUAUAAUUUAGAUAAGGAUAACCAGAGAGGAAGACCCUUAUGUUCACUGCAAUUGAAUUCAUUUAUGUAUGCAGCAGUUAAUAGCGUUGUUUGUUUAAGGAGAUCAGCCUCUUCCGCUUUUCUGUCAUCAAACAAAGUGUGUGACCCACUCGGCGAUUAUAAUGUUUACUACUCUCUAUUUCCACGUGCAAAGGAAACUGGAGCGUCGAAAAAAACUGUCACCUUAGUGACAGCACGUAUUGACUCGGCGUCCCUUUUUGAUGGUAUAGCUCCCGGUGCAGCCAGCUCCGUGGUGGGGCUGGUUUCCAAUAUCGCCACGGCAGCGACUCUUGCGAAAAUGAUUCCUGUCACUGACGCUAAAUUAUAUGACCAAAAUGUUCUUUGGACCUUAUUCAACGGCGAGGCGUUCGAUUACAUCGGCUCACAACGGAUAGCUUACGAUCUGAGUCGGGGGGCGUGGCCACCGGUGUCCCCCCUCUCCCCUUCCGACAUUCGCCUACAUAUCGAGCUUGGACAACUGGGAGGCUCUCUGCAGCUAUUUAAGGACAGUGCGUCAUGGCCUAUUUAUGCCUAUGCACCAUAUAGUUCGCAAAAUGCUACAGCGCCACAGAUAUUAGAAUUUAUGGGUGAGAUGUCCUCUUACUCAACUCUGAAUAAUAUAACAGUUAGUCCAGAGUUUACUACUGACAUACCGCCGUCGUCUCUACAUUCCUUCCGCCAAAUCCUCAGGAAUGUGACGGAAAGUGGCUCACUGCUUGAAAUAUUGUUAGCCGAUCACAAAGGAACAUUCACAAACAAGUUCUAUGAGUCUGCUUUAGAUGAUCACGAAAAUAUUGGAUACGUGUACCACAACAUAAGCAUUGACAGUGAGGGCAUCUUUAUACCAACGGCUGAUCUAUUAGCUAACGGUACAAUGAAGGAGACUGAAGCCCAAGUGAAAAUAGCAAACCUCGCGACAACUCUAGCUCACACGUUAUACCAACAGAUGUCUGGCAAACCUUACACGGGCUCUGUGAAGGCGUCCGCACAUUUGGUGGACGAAAUGUUAUACUGUUUCCUGCGAAGCCAAGCGUGUCGUUUGCUGCUUGCGGCUGAUUAUGCGAGUAACUCUGACGAGCUACCAGCGGACCGACCGCUGCCUCUAUACGUGGGCGUGGCUGCUUGGCCCAGCCCUCCUGCAGUAUACGCGGGGCAUCUGAUCGCUUUACUCACUGGGAACCACUUGCACGUCAACAGAACUGACUGUGACAAAAAUGCUGACACGGGGUUCUCAUAUUACUGGCUAAGAGGAUGGAAUCAUAGUGGUAUAUGUAUUGAAACAACAAUGAACUUCAGCCAAGCUGUAAGCCCAGCGUUCAUAAAACCAGAUUACGAUUUAACGUCUGGCGAGUUUUCAUCGUGGACCGAGUCGGUGUGGCAGACGAUAUGGGCCCGCGUGUUUGUGCGUGCAAGCGGUGCGGGCGCGAGGCUUGCGGCAGUGACGGGUGCGUUAGCCACCGCGGUUGCAGCUAUACUGACCUUCUGGCUGCAGCGACAUUCUGCACUCGUCUUCAUCGAUGCACCGUCCUCCGUAAGCAGCGACGCCGCAGGAAUCAUACGGACUGUCAACUGUUGAACAUUUUAUUUAAGUUUGUAAAUUAGUAAGUAUAAUAUCAAGAGGCGAAACAUUCCAAAUGACCUAUCUAUAUCUAUUUAUUAUAAUAUUUUUUCUUGACCUACGUAAUUGAAGUAAUGACGAUAUUAUAGCCUGUAUAAUUUGGAAACUCCCAUAAAUGUAAAUGGGCAACGUAAUAGAAAAAAAAAAAACUAAAUUAAUUUUAACACAACACUGUUUUAUCUAUAUCCUUAAAAUAGUCGUGCUCAGAUUUAAAAUUAGGACUUUUAUAAAUAUUGUGUUGGCAAGUAUGUUAUAGGUGCCGAUUCUAUUUAACGCCGGUCCAUAAACUUAAUUGAAUCGAAACUUCGAGUGCUAGCCUGUUUCACUGGGAACAUUGUGAAAUAUACUACAAUAUUCAAAACCUCACGAUUAUUUCAAUUCUAAGAUUUGUGUACAAAAUGAUAAGCAUAUUAUGUAACUUAUACAUAAUGAAGUUUUCAGAUAAACCUUUUUCAGAAAACUUCUGCAUAACAUACCUGAAUGACAUCUUAUCUUGUUUUAACAUAGAAGUCCCGCUUCUAUGCUAGAUAUUACUGAUCUCUUAAAUGUAUUUUUAUUGUAUGUAUAGGCAUUCUAACAUAAAUACGUCGUAAUGUAAACUUAUCAUAUUUUGUUGCUAACAUUAAAAUAUUAUCACAGA